GUGAUAGCUCAGCUCAGUUCAGCUCGACUCCCUUCCCCACCGCCUCCCGCCGCUUCUCUUCCCUCUCCUUCCCCGCCGCCCAUUAAAAGACUUCCCCUUUUAGCUUUCCUUCCACGCAGCAGAAGUUCCCCUCAAACGGCCAUGGCAUCCAAGUACCUCGCCUCCGCGAUCCGGCGAUAUCUCCCCAAGGCCACGCCUUCCUCCCUCCUCCGCCCCUUCUCCACCGCCGCGGCGGUUGCCGAAGCCAGCCCCCCAACCUCUGAGGACCCGGACGGCGGAAUCGUCAUGAAGGGUGUCAGAAUCUCCGGCCGGCCGCUGUACCUGGACGUGCAGGCGACGUCCCCGAUGGACCCGCGCGUGCUUGACGCUAUGCUGCCCUACUACACCGCCCGGUAUGGGAACCCCCACUCCCGGACCCACCUCUACGGCUGGGAGUCGGACCUCGCCGUCGAAUCAGCUCGGGCCCAGGUGGCCGCCCUGAUCAAAGCCUCGCCUAAGGAGAUUGUCUUCACCUCAGGCGCCACGGAAUGCAACAACAUCUCCGUCAAGGGCGUCAUGCAUUUCUACAGGGACAAGAAGCGGCAUGUGAUCACUACCCAGACAGAGCACAAGUGUGUGCUUGACUCAUGUCGCCACUUGCAGCAGGAGGGCUUCGACAUCACCUACCUUAAGGUUGGGACUGACGGGAUCAUUGACUUGGAUCAGUUGCGGUCCUCGAUUCGCCCUGAUACUGGGCUCGUGUCGGUCAUGGCAGUUAACAAUGAAAUCGGGGUGAUCCAACCAAUGGAGGAGAUUGGGAAGAUAUGCAAGGAGUUUAAUGUCCCCUUCCACACUGAUGCUGCUCAGGCCCUGGGGAAGAUCCCAAUUGAUGUGGAGAAGUGGAAUGUGAGUCUCAUGUCUUUGAGUGGGCACAAGGUUUAUGGGCCGAAGGGUGUCGGUGCUCUUUACCUGAGGAGACGUCCGAGGAUCCGGGUGGAACCUCAGAUGAAUGGUGGAGGACAGGAGAGGGGAAUAAGGAGUGGGACUGUCCCGACCCCACUUGUUGUCGGAAUGGGAGCGGCAUGUGAGCUGGCGAUGAAGGAGAUGGAAUACGAUCACAAGAGGAUUAGUUCCUUAAAAGAGAGGUUGCUCAAUGGGAUCAAAGAAAAAAUUGAUGGGGUGGUGGUGAAUGGUAGCUUAGAAAGAAGGUAUCCCGGGAACUUGAACUUAUCCUUUGCUUAUGUUGAAGGAGAGAGCCUGUUGAUGGGGCUGAAGGAGGUGGCAGUCUCGAGCGGGAGCGCCUGCACAAGCGCUAGCCUUGAGCCAUCCUACGUGCUAAGGGCUCUUGGUGUCGAUGAGGACAUGGCCCACACUUCGAUCAGGUACGGGAUUGGGAGGUUCACAACCAAGGAGGAGAUCGAUCGAGCAAUCGUGCUCACGGUGCACCAGGUAGAGAAAUUGCGGGAGAUGAGCCCGCUCUAUGAGAUGGUGAAGGAAGGGAUCGACAUCAAGAGCAUUCAGUGGGCACAACAUUGAUUAAGUUCAUGUGAAGUGUGCCAUGCAUCUUACUUUAUUAUAUCUGAAAAAUCAGAGUCUGAUGGCUUCUGAACUGAGAUUAGAGCACUAAAGUUAAAUCUCAAGCUACAUUGAUUGUCUACUUGGAGAAACUCGAAAUUACCGCCCAGGUUUCCUCUCUUUCUUGGAAGGUGUAUCUGUUUCAUACGCUUGGCUGCACAGUUUAUGACAGAAUUUUCAGGAAGUAGCUGUAAUCUCCGAUACUACUAGCUUCCGUCUUUCUGUACUAUAAUUUGGUAAAUUUAGCAAUAAGAUUGUGCUUCAAGAGGUUGAUCUAGUGUUAUGAUCCUUAUUGUGGUUAAUUAAGACAGUUUCUCUGCA